UUAGUGUGUUUUUUUUUUUUCUUCUUCUUCUUCUUACAAUCCACCUUUUCUAGAGUAAUUAGUUCAGGUCCGUGUGUGUGUGUGUGUGUGUGUGUGUGUGUGAGACACUGAGAUGGGUAGCAUGCGGCUGCUUUUCUCUCUGCCCGUGUGUGUGUUUAGUGCACUGGGGUGUGUGUUGGGUGUAGCUGGGGAAGGUAAUGGGCAGAGAAACAGCGCCACCAUGGCACCGGGGCAGGAGAGCGGGGACAGUGUCCUCAUCCACCCUCAUCCUCCCCCGGCCAUCCCACCUCCCUACCUCCUCCUGCCCAUGUUCAGCCAUCACCCCGCUCCUGCUGUGUCUAAAGAGCUUCUCGCACCCGGAGCCGGAGGAAGGGUCCUACCCAGUGUUCUGGCCAAAAUUCUGGUCCCACAGAGGAUCCAGCCCUACAUCCGGGUCACUCCGGUGAAUAAUAACCACGGUGUGGAGGUGUGGUGUGGGUACAGCAAGGUCACUGUCAGAAUUAACCUGGCCUUACUGAGCUUCAGGAGCUCCACUGCUCACUUCCGGUUGGGGACAUGUCCACCGUCACGUGCUGAUGGACGCGUCCUGUAUUUCCAGUACGACCUGAAUGAGUGUGGGAGUUCAUUACUGGUAAUGAAUGGGCAGCUCUUGUACACUAAUGAGGUUCUGUACAGGCCAGCGAGUCAGGGAGCGGUUAUCAGAGCUAUGCCGCUAACGCUACCCGUCCAGUGUUUAUACGAUCGAUUUUACUAUUCAUACAAAAUCGGCUAUUUGCCGGAACGUCGUCUGCAGUCUUUUCGCAAGACGCUGGUCAGGAAGCAGGUGUUCAGUCUCUCUGUGCGUAAUGAAAACUGGGAAGAGCUCGGAGUAAACGAGAGUUACGUCCUCGGAGAGCCUAUGUACUUUGAAGUGAGUGGAGAUAGCAUAUCGGAGGACAAGAGCGUCUACGUCGAGUCCUGUCAUGUUACAGCAAGUGAGGAUUCCAAUUCCACGCAGCGCUAUGAUGUCAUCGGCAACUUCGGCUGCAUGAUGGACAGUAAAAGGACAGGAAGUCAGGCGCGCUAUGUCUCCAGGCAGAGGAACAUCCUGCGCUUUUCACUCGAUGCGUUUCUGUUCAGCGACGCCACAUUAGAGCGUUUUUAUUUGCACUGCACCGUUCUGGUGGAAAACGCGUCCGCGAGUACGACAGCAAAGGCCUGCACCUACAGCCAGUCUGAGCACAGGUGGGAGGAGCUGGAUGGAGACGCCACUGUCUGUACCUGCUGUGACUCUCAGUGUCGGCCUCCGGGGUGCACCUCAUCGUCCUGUGUGGAGCACGUGGUGGUGACCAGCAAGCCCUGGACUUUAAUCCAAAAUAAGGGUUUUUCUGAAACCCAUGACCAGUGGCUAAACACGGUGUCAGGCUUCAUCCUGGUACAGCAUCACCCUGAGGGGGUGGAGUCAUGUGAGCAGGGGGUGGAGUCACAGGAGGACGAAUUGCAUGAGGUAGAUAAGGAGGAGGAGGCGGAGGUUCUGAUUGGCUUUGCAGAGAAUGAGAAUGAUGAAAGGAUGAGGGAUGAGGAGAUGGAUGGAGGGGAUGCAGUAAUGAGAGCUGAAGAUAAAGAGGACGUUGAUGAAGCUCAGAACGAGGAAGAAGUGAUGGAGGAAGGUGACUGACUUUAAGUUCUCUAAGUGGACCUGGGAGGACGAGGAGCUGCAGCAGAAAUGGACUGGAGUGUCAGAGGAGAUGUGUGAGAUAAACCAGAUGGAGUAAAGAUCACUGAGCGAGUCCUGCAUCUCUGUCAGAAUUCGACUAAUAAACUUUUUGCUGUGAGAUUCCUGUUCUGCUCUCAUCCCUUUAGGAAUCCUGAUGGGGAAAUCUCUCUGCACUUUACAUUUAAUUUCUACAGAGCUUGUAACAACAACAACAAAAAAUAAAUAAAAUGAAUCUAAAAUGCAAA